GACUGACAGCCCGGGUCAGGUGCAGCCCCUGCCAAUAAGCUCAUGCUUGUGAGGUUUGACAGGCGCACGCAGGCACUGGAGAAGAAGGCGAGAGACACCCGUCAGGCUCUAUUGUUGGCGCGCGGGGCGCCUGCCGAGCGGAUCGAGCUGGCAACGGCAAUUUCCUGGGAUUCAUCAAAUCGCUUAGAAAGCCCGGCUAACUUCGGCUGCUGAGGAGAAAAUCCCGAACCUCUUCGAAUUGGGGGUGGGGGUGGGGGGCUGCUCGUGUUUUUGUUUGGAGUUCUUUUGUGCGCCUCUCUUCCGAAGCCGUUGCGAAAGAACCUUGACACAAGUGUGGAGGCGGCUUUUAUUUGGUCAUGUCUCGACGAAGCCAACGCAUUGGUGGGACUUUUCGGAGUUAUCAAAGUGAGGAUACUGGCAACAGUAAGAUCAGUGGACGAAGUUCUCUGCUAAGUGGGCCUCAGCCCCUGUUUAUAGAGAAUCCAAGCAGUCGAACCCUGAAAAGGAAACCAAGCAGUGUGAAACGUCUCUCUCCUACACCUAGCCUAGGACUCAGUUCUGCUCCCCAUACUACCUCCUACUACAGUGAGUCUGUCAUUAAUGAGUCUUAUCUAACUGAUGACAGAGGAUUUUCUCUUAAAACUAAUGCGGCCUUUGAUGAGCCAUUGGAAAGCAGUUCUUAUUGGAGUGAGGAUCUUUCACCGAGAAGAAGAACAGGUAUAGGGGGCAUCGAGUCCAAUAAGAAAAUCAAUGGAUUAGGAGACAGGAAGACAUAUGACACCUAUGGUUCUUCAUCUGGUUAUUCCUCUGAGGAUGACUAUACAGGUGGUUCUUCCAUGGACCAGAAUACAUCCAAUUUUGGGUUCAAGGGUGUCCUCUCCAAAGUAGGGUCCUUUAUUUGGCUGGUGCUUUUAGCCCCAGGACGGUUCUUUGGUUUGUUAUACUGGUGGAUGGGGACCAUGUGGUAUCGUCUAACAACUACAGCCUCUCUCCUGGAUGUCUUCAUUUUAACACGAAGCUAUCCAGUGUUGAAGAAGAUAAUGUUGUUUAUGCUUCUGUUUUUGCUCCUGAGCUCUGUUGGUUAUGGUGCCUGGUAUUUUUAUCCCUUUGGACUUCAACCUUCUAUGUUUUCUUGGGGAACAGUGAAAUUAUUUCCCUCUGGCACCAAGAAGGACCAAGAAAUGGGAGAGACUGCUGUAUUUUCUGAGGGCCAGCAACAGACAUUGUCUCGGCUCCAGGCACUGGAAAGACGUUUUGAGACCCUGGAAACUGCAGCUUCUAUGCUAGAAUUCCAGAAAAGAAAGAACACAGAAGGUGCCACCCUGUCACAUGAGGAUACCCUGGUGCUUCUGGAUGGUCUGAUGACUCAGCAAGAGGCAGCCAUGAGAGAGAAGCUUGGCUCAGACAUAGAUCUUCAUCUCCAGAGUAAAUUGGAUGCUUUCCGAUCCCAGGUGCAGAAGGAUUUUGACAAUCUCCUGAAGAAAGUUUCUCAGACUUCUGAGCAGGUGGAGGCCCGGACGCUUGAGAAGACAGCUCAGUGGCAAAGCUCCAUAAAAAAAGACCUAAUGAAUUCUUUCCGAAAGGAAAUGGAUAAACUGGAGGAACAUUUAUCAAGUCUGAAAAAUGAACUUGUGACUUUAGGUUCUGAUCAGAAGGCAUUGUCAAGACAAGUGGAAUCUCUUCCAGGGCAGAUCAAGGAAAUGCGAGAAGAUGUGGAAAUUCAGUUUCCGACAUGGUUUAGCCAAUUCCUGUCCCAAACUAGAGAGGAUAAAACUGGAAAACCUUUUGUCCAGCAUGAAGAAUUACAGGAGCAGCUACGCAAAUUGGAACACAAGAUCCUUGCCAAGAUCUUGAAGGACCAAGAAUUGUCUGUGCAGAAUGUUGGAGUCACGCUUCAUAAGGAAGGAAUUACAGGAGUGACUGAGGAGCAAGUUCAUCAUAUUGUGAAUGAUGCCCUGAAGCGCUACAGUGAAGAUCGCAUCGGAAUGGUUGAUUAUGCACUUGAAUCUGGAGGGGCCAGUGUAAUCAGCACCCGGUGUUCAGAAACCUAUGAGACCAAGACUGCACUUCUUAGCCUUUUUGGCAUACCAUUGUGGUAUCACUCCCAGUCUCCAAGAGUCAUUCUACAGCCAGAUGUCCAUCCUGGAAAUUGUUGGGCCUUCCAAGGCUCCCAAGGUUUUGCUGUCAUCCGCCUUUCAAGCAGGAUCCAUCCCACUGCUGUGACGUUAGAGCAUAUCUCCAAGUCGCUUUCCCCCAGUGGAACCAUUCCCAGCGCCCCCAAGGACAUUGCAGUCUUUGGCUUAGAGGAAGAAGACCAUCAAGAGGGCAUCCUCCUUGGGAAUUUCACAUACAAUCAAGAUGGGGAUUCUAUCCAAACAUUUCACUUUCAGGAUAUAGACAGACAGGCAGCCUUCCAGCUGGUGGAGCUCAGAGUUCUCAGCAACUGGGGCCAUCCAGAAUACACCUGCAUUUAUCGCUUCCGUGUGCAUGGGGAGCUGGUCUCAUAACGUCUUCUUGCACCACUAGCUCAAAAGUCACCUACCUCGAGACCUGCACUUCAGACUGUGAAAGGCAGUUGGGAAGCAGUGCCAGGAAGACAGGCAGCUUCGAAUGGGCAAUAUAUCUUUUUUGCUAUGUUGCACAGAGAUGGGAUGUAAGCUGUGACACUCCCUGAUCAGUCAGCUCUCUCCUGGAAACAACACUCUUCUGAGUGCAGAGGAAGAAAGAGGCCUUUUGGAUUGGUAUUUUAUAUUUAGUUGUUCUUAAAGCAGUUUUUUAAACAUACUUAAUCCAGUUCAUAUUUAUCCCCUCCUUUAUACUUCUCCAAACCUAAUUUCUGGUUGUUUCUUUAAAGCUCAAUUUUCUGGGGACUGAAGGCAUAUUUAAACGAGUUAAGCAAUGCAGAAAAAAAAAAUUGGCAGUGACAUAAGGUUUGGUGUGGAGUAAGGAUAUAAAGCCUUUGCCAGGUUCUAGGGUCCUGUUUAGGCCCUCAUUUGUGUGUUCCCCCUUCCCCCCAAAGCCUCCACCUCUUCAUAGAAAGGUUCCUUUUACUGUGCCUACUCUGAGUGGUUCUGGGGGAUACAGAAGGUGUGCUGGAAACUCUGGGCAGUUAAAAGUUUUUAAAAAGUGUCAUAACUUUGGUCACCUUUAUAUCAUAAUCAUUUUGUGUGGAGACAGGUAAAGGAAUGUUUUCAUGAAAUCUGUCAUGGAUGAGGAUUGUAGAUUUAGGGCCAUUCCUCUUCCUAUGUUGACAGGAUUCCAUGGAAGCAACAAUGCACAGAUUCAAAGAUACAGAGAGAAAUGGGGGAUUGUUUGUUAGGGAACUGUGAUGUGUUUAGAAAUUGGAAGCUGCAGUUUUGAUGAAUGGAAAAAGAGUUUUUCUAUUGGGAAAAUAGUGUAAAGGAAAAUUAGAAUUAUUUGUAUGGAUUAAAUGUUGACGCAUAUUUACCAAUGUGCAGUAUUUUGUUUCUUAGAAAAUGAGAUAAUACUGUCACUGGCCUAGAAUCAAAUGCACCAGCUCCUAAUAAGAGGGGGAUGGUUGUUAAUGCCGAUGGCAAAGUAUCCAGCAUGUUCAGAGAUGAAAUAUCUCUGAAUACUGUUUUCUUGAAUAUCCCCUAUAUUUCACAAGUCAGUAUUACAAUAUUAGCUCCAAUGCAAAACUUGUUUCAUAUUGAAUUCUGUCUUUUAAUCUGCUUUCAGUGGACAAGUUGCUUAUUGUAGUUCACAAAAAGGUAAAAGACUCUUCAGUUCAUUUCAACUCCUGAUGAUAAUAUAGAUAUAUCAGAAGCUGCUGUAAUUUGGACUGUAUAUGUUGGAAAGGGAUUAAAUGCUGUUUUUAAGCUUGCAUAACAUACUGUAUAUAUUAAUCUCAUAAACCAUUAAGAGUAGCAGGAACUUGAACUUCUAAUGUACCACACAACCUUAUAUUUCUAAGCUGAUUGAAUUUUCAGCCAUUUAUUUGAAUAGUUCCUUGAAACAGAGAAAGUGCAACUAAAUGUCUAUAAUAAUUUGCUAAACUAGUCCCAUGCUGACUAAAUAGUAAAGAAAACUGCCAUAUUUCUGCAAAAUAUGAGAGUUAGAGUUCUGAGAUGGCAUAAUUUUUUAAACAUUGCUUAUGGCAUGAAAAAGCACCCCCAUCCCUUUAGUAGAAAACAAACACAGCAAAGAAUAAAACAACAAGACAAGGAAAACUAUCUUCCAGUUAUGCUAAUUGUUGAUCACAGAAACAAUUUUAUAGGUGGAAAGAUUUAAAAAAUGGUGUUCUUUUUCUUUGCUCUAAAGUGUUACACUCUAUUUAACUGCUACCCUUUCUAGCGGAAAAGCUUUGUUCUUAGUAUAGACACAUGCAAAGAACAUUUUUCUUUUUGCUAAAUGGAUCGUCUUUGAAUAAAAUUGUGCUCAAUAGAUAUAACCUUCUGGAUUGUUGCCUAAAUAAUUCCUACUUCCACCCUUACUUGAGAAAGAAAUAGCCAUACAUGGCAAAAGAGUGUGGAGACUUUGAUGGGUCUCAAAAGACCCAAUUUUUCAGGCUGAAAUAAUUUUGGAACCAACAAAUGCUUCCUGCUUUAGAAAAAUUAAUCUAAGGGGAAGACAUACAGCCUUGUCCAGCAUUUCCAAUUUGGAACCCUCCAGAUGUGUUGGUCAUCCUAGAGGUCUGUCAGUGUGGUCAUUAAUAGUUGACAUCGACUUGAUGACCCCAAAUCAAUCCAGAUAGGUUGAGAUUACCAGAACAGAGAUCAGAUGGGAAAAAUGAUCUGGCAUUUGGAACACACUAGCCAACGUGAAUAUUAUCUCUAUUCUUGACUGCAGUGGUUUUUAUUAUUUAAAUGAAGCCACAUAAACAUUUAGGUAGGUAACCAUGCUGACAACUGAAGAGAGAAUGUAGAGAUAUCUGAUAGCAGGACGGGAUAGUGAACUACACCAGAGUAUUGUAAAUGUUGAAUGUCCUGGGUUCAAUCUUUGAUAUAUGUGGUUAAAGUUAGGAAAAUCUUAGUUCUGCAAAUGAUUGUUGCUAGCACUGUCCAAAGGAGCAGCAGCAGUUCUCUUGCAGCAGAAAAAAACCCUGGUCCAAUUGGGUCAACUGGUUCCUUUCAUCCCUAAGGAUAAGUGACAGUGGAGUAGGCUGAGCUUGGCCAUUUCCUCUGCUUUGGGGCUUUGUUUUAAAAGCAUUUUCUCAAUUGUAAAUAUGAACGUAGUGGAUGUGCACAAUGUGCACAAGUUUACUGCUGCAUUUUGGUAGCUACAAUGGCAGAGUAGUAUCCGUUACUCAUUCCAUGCACCUAUUGAGAGAAGAGGUGUGGGGCAAAGGACAAGGUUUCUUGCAACUAGAACUGGUGCAUGCAUAUAACAGUAUUAUAGAAGAAAUAGUAUUACUUGGGCCUUGCCUCAACUUCUUCGGUAUGAAGAUGUGACUGCUCUGACGUAACAUAACAUAGCACAUUAAAUUCUUGAGAAAUAUUUAGCUAAUAAAGGUUUGUUACCAUUAUCGGGCUCUAUAAACUUUGUUAACCAGCUGUAUCUAACAGAAAGAUCUAGCUAGUAUUUGUGAUGUUUGUGCAGACCUCCGGUACUAUUUGUCUUUCUUUGUGUGUACCUGUAAAAAUGACAGAUGGGUUCUAUCAGUCCAUUCGCCAAGAAUAAGAACAAGGAAUUGCUAGCUGAUCAUUCUUCCAGUAUUUCCUUAUCAGGUGCCAGAAUCAGGUAGCAUUUUUAGGUUCCAGAAUAAAUCCCAUGUUCUUUGACUUAUACUAAUUUUUAAAUUGAUGACUUCCCCUUCAAUGUUACAGUAAAGGCUGUUUCCAGCACUUUUUUAAAAAAAAUUAGAUAAAAGGACAGUGGUUUUCCUUGUCAUAAGAAUUCUAAUUACAAAAAUUUAUUUCAACAUCUGAAUUCUUAUGCUCCUUCAGGCACAUUAUAGGCCUGCAUUAGUCCACUACUUGGAAUAAAUUUUAAGACACAUCCCAUUCUCCAUGUUCUUAGUUGUCCCAUGUAGUUUAUGUAUAGUUUUUUUUUUUAACAUUAGCUGCAAAAUUAACUUGUUUGUAAUUAUCCCAAAAUAGGGAUAGGUUAAGGAUAGGGUUUUUUGUUAUGAAAGAAUGACUAAUGGAUGGUUCUAUUUAGAAGAAAACUGAAUUUAGGAUUUAAUAUGGCGUGAUGAACAUGCAGUGUUUUUGUGAAAUAAUGGAACUAUAUUGAGAAAGAUAAAUAUUGUGAAUAGCAGUUGUAUUCUUGUGAUACACAAAAACAAAAAGACUUAAUUAAGGAGCAUUUACUGGUAUUUUUGCCCAUCUGAUCUUAUUAUGAAAUUAUUUGAUUUAUUUGACCUAUUAUAUGUAGUCAAAUUUCAUGGCUUGCCAUCAUGUCCAGCUACAUCACUCUGGGGCCUGAGAUUAAGUUUUAUUAUAAAUUAAUUCUGGGACAUCAUUUUGGUUCAGCCAAUAAGUCUGGUUUAAGACCUCCAUAUGGUAUAGAUCAGUGAUCUACCUUUUUCUCAUCGUGUGCCAAAAGUGUGUGUGCUGGCACUCAUAAUGCAAUGCGCCUCCGUGCAUGCGCACACGAACCACCACCCCGCUCCCUGUGCACGCACACGCAACCUCCCCCACCCCCGUGCAUGCACCUGCAUCCCAAAAAUCAGCUGGCCCAGCGAGAGGCGCAUGCGCAUGCACGGUAGAGCUGAGCUGGGGAUGGCUCGCGUACCUGCAGAGAGGGCUCUGCAUGCCAGCUGUGGCACGCGUGCCAUAGGUCUGCCAUCACAGGUAUAGAUAAUGUAGCUACACAUGUGUACUUAUUAACCAAGCUUUUUAACUUAAACAUGUUAUAAAAUACAACCAGAGACCGAAAAUCCAGUGAUAUCAAAUCAACAGUGCUUAGUUAAGCAUAUGAAAAAGUAUUACAAUUUUAUGGUGCCAAUGCCUUCACCUGUCAUUUUCAUGCAGCUGCUCUCACUACUCUCAGAUCUAACCUUUUUCACAUAGCCACAGACAUUUGAAGGUACUAAACUAUAGAUGGCUAGUUAAGACUAUUGACUGAGAAGCAAUAUAGUAGCUUCCAAACUGUACAUAUCCAAUGGUUAUCAUCAGGAAUGCUUUUCAAGUGGAUACAAAAGCGAAGCAUGAAAAAUAUGACUUUUACCAAACUUACUUUGUCCUUAGGAAGGUACCCCACAGAUUCAUGAUUGUAAUAAUAAAUCAUACUAAGAAAUCUUUUUGUAUUGAGGGUUAGGAGGAGUGUAUCUAAAUCUGUAGAUUACAAAUGCUGCACAGUCUGUUAUUUUUGUUGUAAUCUAUACCUAUGCAAGAUAAAUCAAUAAAUGAUUUUUCUUAAAAGUG